AUGCUCAUUCGAAAGAGGAUUUUGAAGUCGGCUACUCUUUGCACGGGUUACAUAUAUAACUCGGUUGAUGAGCUUUUGAUUCUCCGGAGACUGCAUGUUAAAGGGCGGCCUCGUCCUGACAGACGCUUCAUCCCGGUACUUUGGAGCCCGCCGGUUGUGGGCUGGCUCAAGGUGAACACAGAUGGAAGCUCCUUAGCAGCCCCAGGAGAGAGUGUUAGCGCGGGCAUAUUUAGAGACUCGGGAGGGCGGGUAAUUGGUUGUUUUUCCAUUGAUGUUGGUAUCCUCUUUGCGUAUGAGGCUGAGCUUUUAGCGGCCAUUACUGCGGUGGAGAUAGCCUAUGAUAGAGAGCCUUGGAGAUUUCUGGCUCGUUGGCUCCGAGUCCUGAGCCUCUUACCUUUAUUCGAGUUUCGUAUCUCUCAUAUCUUCAGAGAAGGUAACUUGGUUGCAGAUGCCCUCUCCAAACUUGGCUACUUUUUGGACUGGUCCAAUUCUACCCCUCCGGAGAUUGUUGAUUUUCUUAGGGAUGAUCAGAAUAGAGUCAUCGGAAGGCGAGGAGCUUUUAAGCCAAUCUUGCCUUAG